UCAAAUUUGGAAUGUUAUAUAUGUGGUGAAAGUAAUGUUGAAGAAUUCGGCGAAUGUGCUUCACAAUUUCCCUAUGAUUGCUCAAGUUAUGCAAGCCGAUUUGAAGCAAAUGAAAGAAUUUUCUGUAGAACAACUCGACAAAAAACUGCAAAUAAUACUUAUAUGAUAAUGAAGGAAUGUAUCAGCCAAAAGGACCACUAUCGAACGUUUCCAAAAAAAGACUAUCCUUUAGAUGAAGAAUGUGAUUUAAUUGACAUUCAAGAGGUGGAAGUGGCUUAUUGUUUAUGUCGACAUAAUGAUUUAUGUAACAGUCAUUCCAUAGCCGAACAAUUUGUUGCCUUUCAAGAGGUAUCAAGGCUCCUUUUCAUGCUUUCAAGAUCAGAUUUCCGAAUUAUAAGAAUUCUAAAUUUGGGAUCUUAUAUAUGUGGUAAUAUUUAUAUUCAGUUCUUGUAUUUCACUAGCAUUAACUGA